AUGGUCACACGUGGUCAGAUGCCGUUAGGACGGAUCAUUCACUCGCCCUGCCUUGGGCAGACAGUGCCUUACUUGCCACAGGCCACAGCGAGAUAUGUUCCAGCAAUGCAUGGUCCGGCAAUGCCAUUGCCUUUUUCUCGCGAGGCCGAGGUCUCCAGAGUCGCGCGCGCAGCGGGCGCAGCUGCCGCAGCAGCCUUCGUGGUUGGAAGUAGGGCCGUGCAGCGACGCAACCUGCAGGUCAUUGCAAGAAAGGGUCAGAGUGACGUGUCGAUGAUCGACUUUCGUGUUGGGGAGAUCAAGAGUUGCGAGAAGCAUCCAGACUCCGACAAGCUAUUGGUGGAACAGAUUGACGUGGGAGAAGAGGCUCCGAGACAGAUUUGCUCAGGAAUUGGAAAGUUUUUUGAGCCGGACCAAAUCAUCGGCAAAAGGGUGGUGAUUGUGUCCAACCUGAAAGCUCGCAAGAUGGCAGGAACCGCCUCCGAGGGCAUGCUACUUUGCGCUUCCAAAAGGGCAGAUCCCGAAGACGCUGAGUCGGAGCUUGCUGAGCUCAAGCUGGUGGAGGCUCCAGCAGAUGCCCAGAUUGGCGAACGCAUCGUGGUGGACAUGCCUGACGAAGAGCAUGGCCAGGCAGCCACGCCCAACAAGGUUGGCAAGAAGAAGCUGUAUGAAAAGGUUGCUCCAGACCUCCGAACAAAUCAAGAUGGCAUGGUCGAGCGCUUUCACUUCUGCAAGCAGAUCUGA